AUGCCUGCUGAAAUCAACGACAUUGCUAUGCGCGCCUCGGUGGCUGCCGUCAGCAAAGGGUCCAGCAUCCGCGUUUAUGAGUCGGAUGGCAAGAUUGGCUCUCCUGUUGCCGCAACUUCUCUCGGCCUGGACUUUAUCCGCGUCUACUAUAUCGGCGAGGACAACAAGGCGAGGGAGAUUUGCUACGACAAGCACGGUAGGCACUGGUACAACGGGGCUUUGAACGACAGGUUCAGGCUGGCGCCUUACUCUGGCUUGGCUGCCAUUUACCUCGAAGCACCCGAUGAUCAAAAAUUGAUUCGCAUCUACGGCCAGCUCGAGGACGACAAUACUAUUCAGGAAUGGUGCUAUGACACCAAGCAUGGUUGGACUCUCGGUUCUAAUAUAGGCGACGCCGUCCCGGGCUCCUCCAUAGCUGCUACUACCUGGGCCCAAUCACCACACCAGAUCCGCGUCUACGUGCAAGACGCGAACCUCAACAUCAUUGAAAAGGCCUACGAUGGCUCGCGUUGGCACACGGGCGGCCUACACAUCAAGGACGCAACGCCUCGCGCCGCAGUGGGCGUCACGUCGUGGACGGAGCACGGCAACGUGUCAAUCCGCCUCUACUACGGCUCCCCAGGCAACGUCAUCAAGGAAAAGGCCUGGGACCACGGCAAGGGCUGGUACGACGGCGACUUCUCACAGGGCUCAGUGCCUGCGUCCCACGUUGCCGCAACCCCCAAGCCCACGCUGCGCGUGUACAUUCAGAACGGCACAAAGUACACGGCCGUGACGGAAUUCGCCUGGGAGGGCCGGUGGGAUGUUGGCCAGCAGGCUCUGCCCCCGGCUUAA